GUCCACGAGGUCGUCGACUGGAUGUCGUCGAUGGUCGACCGCGGGGGCCGCCGGAACCAAGAGAGCACCCGCCUGUUCCUGGCGCGGCGCACGGCGCUGGAGAUGCUGCGCGACCGCGGCUACAGCGUGCCGGAGUCGGAGCUCGCCCGUACGCUCCCGGAGUUCCGCGCGUGGUGGGAAAAGGAUCCCGACUUCGAGCGCCUCGCCUUUGCCACCGCCUGUGCCUCGGACCACUCCGACAAGGUGCAAAUUCGAUUCUGCUCACAGGAGCCUGUCAGAAUUGCAACUAUCCAGGAGAUAUAUGACCAGAUCGAAGGAGAGAACUUGUCUAGACUUAUUCUGAUAUCGAAAGGAAAAAUAAUGCCUAGAGCUAAAGAGUCUAUGAAGGAGAAAUUCACAUUUAAAGUAGAUAGUUUUCUGGUCAGAGAACUACUGGUUAACAUUACUAAGCAUGUCCUAAAGCCCAAGCAUGAAGUGUUGUCUGCAGAAGAAAAGGCCAAUCUCCUGAAGAAGUACAAGGUGGAGGAUUCACAGCUCCCUCGCAUGGACGCGACUGAUGCUGUUGCUCGCUACUAUGGCCUUGACAAGGGAACUGUACUUAAAGUUACAUAUGAUGGUGAGAUUACAGGAAAUCAUGUGACAUACCGAUGUAUUUUCUGAGGGCUGCAUGUGUCUCCAUGGAUGAAAAUUGUAGCCAGCUGUUUAUAAAAUCGUGGUCUUACUAUGUUGUCCGGUGUUCAG